AUGGAGGCAUUGGGCUGCGGUUGGGCGCCGGGCAACGGAGCAUGGAAACGUGCCGCAGCUCUGGGGAAUAUCGAAGUACUGAAUCUGUUCUUGGAUUGGUCCAAUGACGCAUGUGACCUGGGCGAGUGGGGUGAGUGGGGCGAUGGAGUGUUCGCAGCUGCUGUGGAGGCCGGGCACACUGACGUUCUGAAGUUGUUGAUCGCGGCAGGCUGCAAUAAAGAUCAGAUGGGAUUGAAGGCCUUAGAAGUCGCCGUAGAGUCAGAGAAUUUGGAAUGGUCAGACACCCAAGCGGAGACGUUCGAGUGGAUGAUGGAGGCAUGGAUGGAAACGCGGGGAGGGGAGGGGCCGGACGUGUUCAUCCAAGAAGCCGACGGUGCCUGUACUCUAGCAGCGGACAAGGUGUUCAAGGGGGCGAAGAAGCUGAGGUGCCUUUGGCACCUGUGGAAGAACGUCAAGGAAAAGCUCGGCAGCAUCUUGGGCAAAGAUUUUGCUGCUUUCACCAACGACUUCCAGAAGAUGGGCGGCCGGCUGUCGGAGACCGGCUUCGAGGAAUCGUUCGAGGAGCUCUGCAUUAACUUCGCGAAGGCGGAGAACUACUUGCGGCAUUUGUACAAGGAUCGUCACCGCUGGGCGGCGGCUUUCUCCGUGCUGACGUUCAGUGUUUCGUCGUUCACGUCCAGCCGAGUCGAAGGUAUCAACAGGGUCAUGAAGAAAGUCUGCGGCGCGAUGACUUCUCUGCAAGGCGUCUUCGAAUUCUUCGAAGGAGCGAUCGAGAAGCAGGAAGAUCGGGCACUCCUUCGCACCGCUCGGCUCGCCCUUCCUGCUGUGGCGAUGGCGGGUGUUGACGACGUGUGGUUCGGGGACAAGUUCAUGGCGCUGAUCCGUUUCGGACUUGGGAUGUGGCCGUUUCGGUACAUGACCAUGGAGAUGGAGGCCGCCGCGAUUUUUUGUGGUGGUGGUGGUGCCGUGCUUGAGGGGGACGAGCGUUUCGAAGCACCGUCGAAACUAGAGUUCCUGGGCGAGUUGAUUGUGGGCGUGGAGACGGUCGCCGCAGUCAUGGAAAGCCGUUACGGCCGGGUCAUGCGGUACAUAGUUUGCAGCAUGCAGGAUGGCAGUCACAUCUGCUCGUGCCGCACACUUCAAGAACUCGGUCUUUGUUGCCGGCACUUUUGGCAGGCCAUGCGUUUGAGCCCGAAGUUCAAAUUUCACGUAGGCAUACUCAACAGGCAUUGGCUAACAGAGCAGGGCCUGAGGGAACUGGAGGCUUGGCCACCAGAGUGCAAGCAGUGGAUGGUAGCGCUAGUCAACAGCGACGCGUCCAAAGACGACCAGGUACGCCCUCCCACGGCAAUGGUGGGUGACACUUGGCAAGCUAUCCCGGAGAAUGCCACCAUAGAGACCAGGCUGCAGAGGGUGGCGCAGACAGGGCAAAGUAGUCAGGACCGCCGGCUCCUUUUUGUGGAGAUGUUGAAGAAGACCACCUGCCGUGAGCUCUGGGGUGCAGCUUGUUCCCCCUGAUACUAUGCGUGCUAUCGUGCAGACUUUCGAAAAUAGCAUGAACGCCGCGGCGAUGAUUUCGUCGGGGCAGGGGGCUGUACUGGGCAACCCACAAGCUGUGCGCCAACCAGCUGUUAGAAGUCAAGGUACGAAAGAGAAGUCGAGCUUGGAAUGCGGCGGGGCAAAGAAUAGGAGGCGCGCGCAGGCCAACCACACUUGAACCUUGUCGAGCUUACAACGGGUUCUGGUCAGUUGUGGUCGUGGACAAACAUCUACGUUGAAUGACGUCGUGCAGUCGGGGAUAGGGGGGGCGACCCCGUGUGUUAUGAUUCCAACCGCCGCUGUAUAUCCCAGUGACGGGUGACCAGAAAGCAUUUUUGGGUUGUUCUACUGUUUUUUUUGCAGCUGUGAUGGGGUGUUUUUCUAUCGGUGAUACCGGGGGUGUGGAAUCAUUCCGCUCGAAAGAACAUAAUUAAGCGACAAGAUUUG